AUGUCCCCCAUCCAAGCCUUACAGCUCUGGUGCAAGCAGCAGUGCGAAGGCUACAGGGACGUCUCCAUCACCAACAUGACCACCUCGUUCCGGGACGGCCUGGCCUUUUGCGCCAUCCUGCACCGCCACAGGCCGGACCUCAUAGACUUCACUUCCCUGAGCAAGGAAAACGUCUUCGAGAACAACGCAUUGGCUUUCCGGGUGGCUGAGAAGGAGCUGGGCAUCCCGGCUUUGCUGGACGCUGAAGAUAUGGUGGCCCUUAAAGUGCCCGACCGGCUGAGCAUCCUCACUUACGUCUCCCAAUAUUACAAUUACUUCCACGGCAAGUCGCCCAUUGGAGGGAUGGCUGGAAUCAAGCGCCCGGCUUCCCAACCCAGUGAGCAGCCGACGGAGAAAAGAGGGGUUCCUGAACCGAGGGCCCCGAGUUCAACGCAACCAGCAAGGCCGCCCUUUCUUGAACCCAAAGCAGAACCAGCUGUGGUGGGGCGGAGGCUGGCGAUGGACUCCCCUCAGGCAGUUGAAAGACGGGUCUUAGUCGAGAAGAACAAUGCACAACCCAGCAACUGUGCCAUCUGCGGAACUCAUGUCCACUUGGUCCAGCGCCUCCUGAUGGACGGGAAACUGUAUCACAGGAAUUGCUUUAGGUGCAAAAAAUGUUCCAGCACUUUACAAAGAGGAAACUACCAAGCUGGGCUUAGCCCGGGCACCUUCGUUUGUAACCGACACGCAGGGGCUGCACCUGCCCAGGUUCCUUCUGCCCCGGAGAGCAGGGCGGAGAAGAAGACCACCACCACUUCCAAGACCCCCUCAGGGAACUCUGGGAAGGGGCUGGAACCGCCGCAGGCAGCAUCCCCAGUGCCCAAACCACGUAGGGUCUUCCAAAACCACGUGACCCCCCAACCAGCAGCCGCUCAGCCACCACCCAAUUCCUGGAGUCCUAAAACCGGCAGGGUCUCCACAAGCCCGAGUCUGUCUUGCGCGCACCCUCCUGCCCCAAGCGCGGAUCCCCCCGUGGCUUCCUCUUCGACGGAGGUGCGCUCCAGGAUCCAGCAGGCUCGGGAGAAAUUCUUCCAGGCUGAUCCAGCCUCUUCUGGCUUCCCUGCGCGAAAACCUGAACCGGCGAGAAAUCACAGCAGCUCUCCUGUCCAGCCUACCCAGGUCCCUGAGAAAACACCCCCCUCUCGAACUCAGCUCCCUGUCAGCAUCAGCAUCAACAGCACCAGUGACAGCAAGAAAGACGAAGCACGGAGCAUCCUUCAGCGCUUCUUACCGGGACCGCAGCCCUCGGCCAGCCAGCCGGGAGGGGUUAGCAGCGCUGCGAUGCCCCGAUCUUUGGCUUACAACAGGAAUCUCCCCAAGGAUCCUAGCCACAAAGUGGAGGUUGGAGCUGAGCCCCAGAGCAAAGUCAAGGAUGGGUCCAUUGGCACAUCGGCCCACACUGGACGUAAAUUGGACACCAAGGUGGUGGUUAAAGUGAAAAAUGCCAGUGGGGCAGAAGAGAAAUCGGAGAAUCCAGAAGACUGGAGAGCGAAGCUGAAGCCAGUCAAACCCCCCCAUCAGGAUGCAGCCAAGCCGGCUCCAAAACCUGCCGAUGUUCACAAAGUGUUGAUCAACAUAGAGGUGAAACCAGGACAAAACGACAAAAAGCCGCCUCUUUUGGUCAUCUCCCCGGCAGCUCCUAACUCUGCACCGCUGGCUGUCCAGCUCCCGAAGAAGAAGCUGUUGGUGCCACAGCUGGAUACCUCCAUCAGCUGGCAGAAAGAGAAGCUGCCGUGGGAAUCUCAGCCAGCCACUGCCAAAGCAGAGAAAUGGAGUCCCUCGAAAACAGUGGUUGUGGCCGCCCAGCCGCCCUCCCUAGAAACCUUCUGGAAGCAUCCGGGUGAUCAAGCCGUCUCUCCCACCAAGCUCCACCCGGAUUACGUCCCCGAGGAAGAGAUCCGGAAAGAAAUCCGGCAGAUCGAAAGAGAUCUGGACAAGCUGGAGCAGAAGGGGAUCACCUUGGAGAAACAGCUGCGGGCUUGCGAGGGAGACGAUUCCGAAGACGCCCUGAUGGUGGAAUGGUUCAAACUGAUCCACGAGAAGCAGCUCUUGCUGAGACGGGAAUCCGAGUUGAUGCACAAGAUAAACCAGCAGAAACUGGAAGUAAAGCAGUGGGACAUUGAGACCGAACUUCGGAGUCUCAUCAGCAAAGCUGAUAACUUGAAGACCGCGAAGGAGAAGGCUCGGGAGAAGGAACUUCUCGACUCGUACUUGGACACGGUCAACAAUCGGAACAAAAUCGUCGAAGACCUGGAUGAGGACAGACUCAGGGAGCUGGAAGAAGAUGAGAUGUUCGUUGACAUGAUCAAGAAGUUUGGUGUGUCUCGCAGCCCCCAGGACAAUGAAAAAAGGAAAAACAAAUUUGGCUCUUUCGGAAUAUGGAAAACCAAGAACUGAAUCCAGGGGGGGAUGCAAC